AUGUUUAUAUUUGAUCUAUUACGAACAACGUACACUUAUUGUCGUGUAAAACUCAUCUCGCUCAAUUUAUUUAAUUCUCGAUCAACAGAUCCAACAAAAUUGUAUCAUGAAAUUCUUUCAACACGUUUAUUUAUUCUUCUAUUUGGCGUUUCACUUAUUAUACUCACCACCUAUACGUCUUUUAGUCCACGAAUGACGACCGAGAACAUUCAAUCGCCUUCUCUAUCUGAUUAUGAACAACUCCAAAAACAAUACUCCGAUACUCUUCAGUGUUUGUGUGCAAAAAUGUCGAUACCCUACUACCGAUUUACUAAUAUUGAGGCGUCAUUUCAUCAAGUUUGCUCAAGCUAUUUUACUUCGCAAGAAUGGAUUGAUUUCCUGUUGAAAAAUGGCGAUAGAAAUCUAUGGCCAAUGGACGUGCGAACAAGUCUGAGUGCCAUGUGGUAUUUGAUUGCGAUACUUUGUGAUCACUCGGUGCAGUUCUUUUAUCAUGCAUUUUUGGAGUUCGAAGUGUCGUUCAUAAUUAGCUCCACAGUUUUGUCGGAAGAGCGCAUUCAUAUUAAUAUUCAAGAAGCGGUCAAAGAAAUACAACAAACAGCAUCGAAUUCUUUUUUAUUACCACUUACUACUAUCCAGCAAACUACACAAAUAAAUGGUAUUAUGGCAGGUACAUUAAUCAACUACGACAUAAGCGAAAGUAGAAAACCAUUAGAAUCUUUUGAAGAUGUUCAAGUUAUUGCAAAUAAAUAUUUACGAAACGGAUCGACGAAUAAUUGCUCUUGUUUAGAUAGGGAAUCGUGUCCGAUGCCUGGUGGUAUCUAUCUAUACGAUGUAUGGGAAACAGAUGGAUUUUUCGAUCUGAAUAUUUUAGUCCCGAAUGAAACAUUUCCUGGCCUUGUUGUUGAUUGUUUACCACUUCAAAUGACAUUUGCUUCAUCGUUGGAAUGUUUCUAUAAUCAGACAUGUCUCGAUACGCUACUUUCGACCUAUUCAACUAUGUUCGAUGUUGAAAUACUCAAUCAAUCUUUACCAAGUCGAUUUCCAUUAACGACAAGUAUCGAUUCAAUCGUUCGUGAAUUAUUUGUUGAAAAUUUUUAUAUCCAAUCCAGUUAUAAUUCUUAUUUCAAUGCAUGCGCACCAGUUCACUGCAGUUAUAAUCGUGCGCGUCGAUUUAAUUCGAUCUAUAUUAUUACUACUCUCAUUGCUCUAUACGGAGGAUUGAAUGCGGCAUUCUAUAUCAUUACUCCUUAUUUAAUCGAUUUGCUGUUGUUCGUGAAGGAAAGAAUAUUCCGACGAGACCGACCUCAACGGGAUGAAAAUGUCAAAAUUCAUACUCUUCUUUGCCAGUGGUUUCAUAGACUGACAGUAUUUAUAAUUGUGCUCAAUUUGUUCGACAAUUAUUCAGAUGAUCCAUUUGAUAUUCUUCGUGGACGUAUAUCGACAUGGCUUUAUGUUACACUCUUAACCACUACCAUGACUUUUAUAACUGUAUUUACUAUGAACGCAUCGUAUUGGACAACCGUAACUAUUUAUUCUCCAUCAGAAAAGCAAUAUGAAGCUUUAUAUCAACAAUAUCCCGAUACAAUACGAUGUCCUUGCACUAGUAUUUCGAAUCCUUAUGAAUCAUUUGUUCAAGUCACAUUACGACAACAUCAAGUAUGCGAAAGCUAUUUCAUUCAACCAUGGUGGUAUGAAAGUUUUGAUUCAUCAUUGAAUUCUUCUAUAUUUAUUUCGUCUUAUUUUCGAACAUUAUCUAUGCUGUGCGAUAUAACAAAGACAACUCUAGACGAUGCAAUACGUCAAUUUUCUUCCACAACAUUUGUCAGUUCUCACGUUCGUCAAAAGCAGUUCAUCGUUUUACAAACAGAUCAACUGUUUUCAGUGCUCAAAUCUUCAGUGAUCACCGAAUUCAACACUAUUAUAGCGUUAAUCAACGAAGUACUUCACACGAAUCAAUAUAUUAGUGGUCGACAAACAAAUAUUUUACUCAAAAAACUAUUUUCGAAUGACUCCAAUCAAGCAAGAAUAAUUGCUACUACGCAGGCUGGCUUUGAUGAUAAUGGUCAACCAUGCUAUUGCUCUCAAAACCCAUUAUGCAACAUAGAACCAUAUUAUCAAGAUUCAACAAUACCAGACUUAUUAUCAGACAGGCUUGGUGGCGCUGGACGCCAGCAAUUAUAA